AUGGAUAUAAGAACCCAAAUAAACACAUCUGAAGACGGAACCCUGAGCCAGCUAAAUCAGUCCACAAACUGUUGCGCACCAGACACUGCUGAAGUUGAUGGAGUCUUACUGGAUGGUCUGGAAGACAGUACAAAACUGGUGGGUGUUCAAGUGAUCUUGAUUUUGGCUUACAGCACCAUCAUUUUUUUUGGCAUGACCGGGAACUCCUUGGUCAUAUAUGUCGUAUACAAGUUUCGCAAUUUACACACGGUGACUAACUAUUUCAUUGUAAACUUGGCUGUAGCAGACUUGCUGGUAAACACAUUGUGUUUACCUUUUACUUUGAUGUACACACUCUAUGGAGAGUGGAAAUUUGGACAGGUGAUGUGUUACCUAUUGCCGUACGCGCAAGGCUUAGCAGUCCACGUUUCAACCAUCACACUUAACGUUAUAGCACUGGACAGAUACCGUAGCAUCGUCUACCACAUGGAAACCAAGAUGUCCAAAGACAUGUGCGUAGUUGUCAUCGCCAUCACUUGGGUGGCAAGCGCGAUCCUUGCUAGCCCUCUUGCUAUUUUCCGUGAAUAUGUGACCUUUGACCUUUCGCCUGAGCAGACGAUUCAAGGUUGUGCAGAAAAGUGGCCUGGAAGUAGCACAGAUGGAACCAUCUACAGCAUCGCCAUGUUUUUUCUACAAUAUGGCCUGCCGUUGUCUAUCAUUUCAUUUGCGUACACUCGGAUUUGGAACAAGCUAAGAAAUCAUGUCAGCCCUGGCGGUGGCCGCAGCGACCGCCAUCAACGAAGACAGAAAACAACAAAAAUGCUUGUAGCUGUGGUAGUGGUCUUCACCGUUAGCUGGCUGCCAUUUCAUGCCUUCCAGCUUGCUGUGGAUAUCGACAGCAGUGUAUUGGAAAUGAAAGACUUCAAAUUGCUCUAUACAGCUUUCCAUAUUGUGGCCAUGUGCUCCACUUUUGCAAAUCCUAUCCUCUAUGGUUGGAUGAAUAGGAACUACAGAGGAUCUUUUGUUGCUGUGUUCAAGUGUGGAAGGUUAAAUAAUGGAAUGAGAAGGGUUUGCAGCAGUGAGGCAGUAAGGGAAAAAUGUACACGUAAUAUGGAAAACACAAUCAGUAUUGCCCUUACACAAGAAAACACACUUGUGUGA